GCGCCGCUGUUCUCGCGAGAUUUGUGGUGAUUCUGGUGGCGGUGGUGAAAAUGGAGGCCGGCGGUAACGGAGGACCGAUCGGGAAUAACAAGCAGAACAAGGCCAUGCUAACGGGGAAAACUCGUGCCGAGUUCACGCGGAAUCAGAGGAAAGACUCCGAGGGCGUGUGUGAGGCUCCUGACCUGGAGUUUGAAUACUUUGACUCGGAUAAAUGGGCUGCUGAACUAUCAGAACUGUACAGUUACACUGAGGGUCCAGAGUUUCAGCUGAACAGAAAAUGCUUUGAGGAGGAUUUACACACACACCUGUGUGAAAAGCGAUGGGUGGACCUCAGUGUGUCGGAGCAUCGAGCCCAUGCUCUGCGUUUGCUGGAUGGACUGGACGUGACAUGCAGGGUUAAACGGUUGAAGGUUGCAAGAGCUGUGCUCUACAUGGCACAAGGGACCUUUGCGGAAUGUAGCUCGGAGGCGGAGCUUCAGUACUGGGUGAGGUAUAAUGUUUUCUUGCUCCUGGAGGCCGGGACGUUCUCUGCUCUGGUGGAGCUGCUCAGCAUGGAGAUCGAUAAUAAUGCAGCUUGCAGCAGUGCAGUGAGGAAGCCUGCCAUAUCGCUCGCAGACAGCACAGACCUCAGAGUGCUUUUAAACAUCAUGUAUCUGAUUGUGGAGACGAUUCGACAUGAAGAUUCUGCAGAUUCCCCCGAGUGGAGUGCUUUAAGAGAAACCUUCAAAACUGAGCUUGGUUCGUCGCUGUAUAACAGUGAGCCAGUGUCUGUGAUGCUCUUUGCCAUGGUAACCAAGUUCUGCAGUGGCCACGCCCCUCACUUCCCCAUGAAGAAAGUGUUACUGCUGCUCUGGAAAAGCAUCCUGUUCACAUUGGGAGGCUUUGAGCAGCUGCAGAGUCUGAAAGUGUGUAAGAGGGCGGAGCUUGGUUUGCCCAACCUUCCUGAAGACAGCAUAAGAGUGAUGAAGAGCAUGAGGGCCUCCUCCCCUCCCACCUCUGCCUGUGACAUCAUCGACCAACAACAAAGACGUACACGUAGAGAACACAAGGCUCUGAUAAAGCAGGAGAAUCUGGAGGCGUUUAAUGAGAAAGAUCCCUUUAAGGCAGAGGAUGCACGUGAGGAAGAGGAGGACGGUGAUGAUAACGAGAAUCCUUUAGAGCCAGAAACCUUUCCUCUGGAGCGUGAUGAGGUCAUAGCCCCGCCCAUUCCUCACCCCUCCUCUGACCGAGUGUCGUUCCCUAAAGGUCUUCCGUGGGCUCCAAAAGUCCGUGAGAAGGAUAUUGAGAACUUUCUGGAAUGCAGCAGAAGCAAGUUCAUCGGCUAUACACUGGGAAGUGACACAGACACAGUGGUGGGGUUACCCCGGCCCAUCCACGAGAGCAUCAAAACCCUGAAACAGCACAAGUACAUCUCCAUUGCUGAAGUUCAAAUCUCAAGGGAGGAAGAGUAUCAGAAAACUCCAUUGUCGGGGGGUGAGGAGCAGAUUAAGCUGUGUGCCACUGAGCUUCUGUAUCAGGGGAUUUUACCCAGCCUGCCUCAGUACAUGAUCGCUCUGUUAAAGAUCCUUCUUGCUGCAGCACCGACGUCAAAAGCAAAGACGGACUCCAUUAACAUCCUUGCAGAUGUUCUGCCAGAAGAGAUGCCGACCACAGUGUUACAGAGUAUGAAGCUGGGUGUGGAUGUGAACCGCCAUAAAGAGAUCAUUGUUAAAGCAAUCUCUGCAAUUUUACUGCUCCUGCUUAAACACUUUAAACUGAACCACAUCUACCAGUUUGAGUACAUGGCUCAGCACCUUGUGUUUGCUAACUGCAUCCCACUGAUCCUAAAGUUCUUUAACCAGAACAUCAUGUCAUACAUCACUGCAAAACAGAUUUCAGUAUUGGACUUCCCUUACUGUGUCCUGCACGAGCUGCCCGAGCUUACAGCUGACAGCCUGGAAGCUGGAGGAGAUAAUAACCAGUUCUGUUGGAGGAAUUUAUUUUCUUGCAUCAAUCUGCUCAGGAUCCUCAACAAACUCACUAAAUGGAAACACUCCAGGACUAUGAUGUUAGUGGUGUUUAAAUCAGCUCCGAUCCUGAAAAGGGCUUUGAAGGUGAAGCAUGCGAUGCUGCAGCUGUACGUGUUGAAGCUGUUGAAGGUUCAGACUAAAUAUUUGGGCCGUCAGUGGAGAAAGAGCAACAUGAAGACCAUGUCAGCCAUUUACCAGAAAGUCCGUCAUCGACUCAAUGAUGACUGGGCAUACGGCAAUGAUCUGGACGCACGGCCGUGGGACUUCCAGGCGGAGGAGUGCUCAUUGCGUGCGAGUAUUGAGCGCUUUAACGCGAGGCGAUACGACGCGACUCAGCGCCACUCGGACCUGGUGCCGGUUGAUAACUGCCUUCAGAGUGUUUUGGGUCAGAAUGUGCCCUUGCCUGAUGACUUUCACACCACCUAUGACCUGUGGCUUGAACGUGAGGUGUUCUCUAAACCCAUCUGUUGGGAGGAGCUGCUGCAGUGAGCAUGUGUGCACCAGUGGGUGGGGCUUGUGUGGUGGUUGGCAGGUGGUGGUGCAGCAUCACUCUCAUUUCCUAAAACACGCUGAAUCAACACUCUUGAACAUUUACUUUAAAGGACCAGUUAGUCAGCUCUUUGUGUGUGUGUGUGUGUGUGUGUGUGUGUGUGUUUAAACCGAGUGUAAGGUAAAAUGUGCAGCCAUUAUAAACUAUUGUUCGAUGUGCUCAGAAGCUUGUGAGAAAUUCACUUGUGCAUUUAGAAAAUAAAAAGAGAGGAUUACUCACUUGUGCUAAA